AUGCCCCCACCUCCCCUCACCGUGCAAUACAAAGAAGCCAACGGCAGUAAAAUCACCACCGACAUCUACCUCCCGUCACUAGAACAACCCACCACCAGCGGAACUGACACACCAAAGAAAUAUCCCGUUUUAAUCAACAUCCAUGGCGGCGUCUUCAUGCUCGGCCACUCGCGCAUGGUUUCCAUGCCGCAAGUCGACGACUGCCUGUCCCGGAACUGGAUAGUCGUGGUACCCAAUCAUCGCCUCUGUCCGCAGGUAAAUAUGCUCGAGGGGCCAAUAACCGAUGUCCGCGACCUGUUGGCGUGGAUUUAUGAUGGGGGUUUGGAUGCGUUUCUUGCCGGUGCAGGUGCAGAUGCAGCGCUGUAUCGCGUUGAUAUGGAUCGGGUUAUGGCAUUUGGGACGUCAUCGGGGGGAACGUUGGCGUUGUCGUUGGGCUACUCCGUUCCCCGCCCUGUCGCCGCAAUCCUCGACUUCUACGGCGCCGUGCACUUUACCCACCCCUUCUGGACCCAACCUCUCCCGGACGUCCAACGCACUCUCCCACCCCUCGACCCUGCAUUCCUGCAAAAGAUCUAUGACGAGUUCCCCGUCCCCACGGACAGUUCCAUCUCGUUGGAAGGCCAGACAGAACUUGCUGGCGUUGGCGGGAAGCCCGCUGCUAAAGGCCCGGAUUUCUCCCGGCCCCGGGACGCCUUUGCCCUGACGCAGGUGGCUAAUGGGACGGUCUUGCAGGCUUGUUAUCCUGACAGGGAUAUGAGGGAGGUGGAUCCAGUGAUGCAUGUCGGGAAGGACUUCCCGCCGACGUUUAUUGUGCAUGGGGAUUGUGAUACGAAGGUCAGUAUUGAGGUCAGUCGGGAAUUGUGGAGGGUGUUGAGGGAGAAUGGGGUCGAGUGCGGGAUGGUGGAGGUGCCCGGGGAGGAUCAUACGUUUGCGAUGGGGAUGAAGGUUGGAGGGAGAACAUGGGAGUUGCAGAGGGAGGGGUUUGAUUUUCUGGAGAGGGUUAUUGCGCGGUAG